GCUUUUCCCACGGUAACGGUAACCGUUUUUACAAUUCAUCAAUUUCAGUAUUUUUCUUUUUUCAAUUUUCAUUCUCUGCUUUUGUUUUCAGAGUUUUUGGUACCACUAGAAACAUAAACAUUCCAAAAAAGCCCGUUUCAGAAAAAAUAACCAAACCAAAACUUGUUAAUAUUCCACAAAGACAACCUGUUCAAGCAACACAAGUUGCUAUUGACACCACCACUUUAACACAGGCUACUGAUAAAAAAACACCAGAAAAUGUCAUUGUCAACCCAAAAAUAUUGAACAAGAAGAGUGAUAUGUUAUUGGCAGAAAAGUCAUCAAAGGAAAAUGAUGAUUCUGCAGAUCCCAAAACUCCGGUAACAUCUUCUUCUCAUGUUAGAGCAAAGAGUAAAAUGUCAGCCACACCGUUCUACACAGCAGCACAUUGUAGUAAAUGUCGUUUUGAUAGGCUUGAAACUUCGUCUUUUUGGAUUGGACAAAUCAAAAUGGCAGAGUCUGUUGGAAAACACUUUGUAGCUUCUGCCUUCUUCAAGCUUGCUUUGAUUUCUCAGGCUGAGCCAAUUAGGAACCUUAGGACCGAGCUUAAAAAAUAUUUGUCAAGGCAUGGACACUUGUCAGAGAAGAAGGAAUGGAGAAAAGUUGCAGUUAGGUAUGGACUAUUUGAAGAGUGAAAGCAGCACAAGUGGAAUGGACUCAACCACAUAGUCGUGCGUUCAUCAUGUGUAUAUGCACGAAAAAUGAAAGUGAUAUUUGAGCGUUAAUAUGUAUAAGGAAAUUAAAAUUCCUAUUAUGUAUUCGGUUGGGGGAGUGGACUCUUGCUUUUAAUCAAUGUUUGGUUAUAGUUUCUUGGUUCUUAUGUUAGUUCUUUAUGUUUAUCCCUUUUCCCUUUUCUAUUGGUUUGUUUUUAGCCCUUGUAUAUAUUGUAUUCUCUUUUCAUUUCUCUUGUAUUCUUCAACC